GUGGGCUAAGUAAGAGAGGAGGGAACAGGGGACACAAAAAGAAGCCAGAUAAAAAAAAGAGUCAGACUCUUGAGCAUAGAGUUGAAGCAGGUGGUCAAAAGAGUCAGUGCAGAUAUGCUCUGCAAGUGAGCAGCGUGUUGAUUGGAUAAAGAGUGUGGACUGCCUUUAAAAUAGAUUAGAUGCUCAAUUUCCAGCCUUGCAAAAAUCUGCAGAUGGACGUUUGAGCUUUGCUUCUUUAGCUGAUCCAGAAUGCUGAGAAGAGAAUGAAUCCUCCAGGUCAUCUGAGACAUCCACGUGUCUUUGCUGCUGUCCCUCCCCGACAGCCCUCUUGUCCCACUGGGGCACCAUCUGCCUCCCCACGCUCCCCCCCUUGCCCCUGCCUGGGUCCCUCCCCCCUCCCCUGCCUCCAGUAGUGGCCAUCCCAGAGGGGAGGAAAGGCGAGCCGGCCCCUGUAAAUAUGCCUGGAUGGAGGUCUCAGUGGCGUCUCGUCCUGCUGAACUCCCUGACUUGUGGCCUGGAGAUCUGUGUGGCAGCUGGGAUCACAUACGUGCCCCCACUGCUGCUGGAGGCUGGGGUGGAGGAGCGCUACAUGACCAUGGUGCUAGGUAUUGGUCCAGUGCUUGGCCUCUUAUUCAUCCCUCUGAUUGGCUCAGCCAGUGACCACUGCAACAGCAGUUAUGGCAGACGACGGCCUUUCAUCUGGCUGCUGUCUUUAGGAGUCCUUCUGGCACUCUUCAUCAUUCCCCAUGCCGAUGUACUGGCUGCACGCCUUGCCUGGGGUGGGCGCACCCUCCAGGUGGGAUUCCUUAUCCUUGGGGUGGGCCUCCUUGACUUUUGUGGACAAGUGUGCUUCACACCACUGGAGGCUCUUUUGUCGGACCUUUAUCGGGACGAGGAGGACUGUGGCCAAGCCUUUGCCAUGUUCUCCUUCAUGGUCAGCUUGGGAGGCUGUGUGGGUUAUUUGUUACCAGCCCUGGACUGGAGCCGCGGCCUGCUCUCUGCUUACCUAGGAGGCCAGGCAGAGUGCCUCUUCUCCCUUCUCAUCCUCAUCUUCAUCUCCAGUGUGCUCAUCACCAUGAAGGUGUCUGAGGAGCCCUCGUGUGCCAGCAGUGGCUUGGUGGGAUCUGGAUCUUUACUGGAAUCAGGAGCAGGUACAACGGAGGCUGGCCGGUGCGGCGUGCCGCGGUCAUGCUGUUACCUGCUGAAGUGCAAGCUGAGGCUGCUCAAGUCUGGACCUUUGCUGUGUCUGCUGAGAACUUGUUGGUCCAUGACCCCAGCCAUCUACAGGAGCUACUGCCAUGUCCCGCGGGUGAUGAGGCAGCUUUGUGUGGCUCAGCUCUGCAGCUGGAUGGCGGUCAUGUCUUUCAUGCUUUUCUACACGGACUUUGUGGGGGAAGGCCUGUACGAGGGCGUGCCAAGUGCAUUACCAGGAAGUGUGUCCAGGCAAAGAUAUGAUGAAGGUAUCCGUAUGGGCAGUCUGGGCCUGUUCCUGCAGUGUGCUACCUCAACCUUCUUCUCCCUGGUUAUGAGUCGUUUGGUUCGCCAUUUUGGCUCGCGGCGGGUCUACAUGAGCAGUAUAGUGAGCUUCACAGUCUCUGCUUUGGUCAUCUGCCUGUCCAAAAGUGUGGUCUUGGUCACUGUAAUGGCAGCCCUCACUGGCUAUGCGUAUGCCACACUGCAGACUCUGCCCUACACACUCACCUGCCAGUACCACAAGGAAAAAGAGGUCUAUAUGCCAAAAAGGAAAACCAAAAGCGAGCAUAAAAAUGGUAUUACAACUAAGCGGGACUCUGUGUAUUUGACUCCUGUGGAAGAGGAGGGCGGAGUGAACCACAAAACAGGGACUCCCUAUGGUCAUGCUUUCUACAGCCAGGACAGUUACGAGUACUACCCCGGUCCACACAGCCAGAACGGCUCAUCUCUCAGCGCCAGUGGCUGCGAACAGGAGGAGGCCGAGUCUGGGUUUGAGAAACGUGGUGUGGGUUUGGACUUUGCCAUCUUAGACAGCACCUUCCUCCUCUCUCAGGUUUUCCCCACCCUCUUCAUGGGCAUGAUCGUUCAGUUUGCACAGUCCGUGACGGCCUAUAUCGCCUGCUCUGUCAUCUUCGGUGCCGUCGCCAUCUACCUGGCCAGUGAAAUCAUCUUUGACCAAAAGGACCUCAAAAGCUGAGACUUGGAUGCAAAAGAUGCGGGAGCGAUUGGAAUCACAAGUAACCAACCAAUCAUUCAGGUUCCAUGGGUGGAACGCAACAAUGCACUACUGUUUCCAGAAUGCCUUGCUCUAGUACCGUGUGUUAGCUUUUAUAAAAGCUCUGCGUUGGGGAAGUGUGUGUCAGGUUAUUAGAGAAAGUGGCUCACAAAAGAAAAUGUAACAAGAGACGUGUUUUCUGCCAACGAUGUGCAGUUUCUAUGGUAGAGCAGAUAGAGUUACCUGCCACCUGAAGAGUCGACACCAACUGUGUGCUCAGGUCAAGUGUGAUUAUCUCUGUACUAAAUGCAAUUGAAUUCUAUAGAAAUCUCUUCAAAAACCUUGUGUUUUGACAUCUUUUCUGUCCAUCAACUUUUUUCCUCAGGUACCACAAACAGACUUACUGUAGAACUCAUCAACCUCAGAUACACACCUUCUAAUCCUUUUUUAAUGGUCUUAUCCUGAGCUAUCCACAAUUUUUAAAGUCUGUUUUGUACGCCAAACAACAUGUUAAACACAGUGUUGGCUUGUUCAUACUCAUCUGCAAUAUCUGGAAGCUGAUUAUCAGUUGAUUGAGUCUGUUUUUAUUCACAGUGGCAAAAUGGAUAGAUUAAUGCAUUGUUUCUACCCGUUCAGAAAAUAGAAUUACAAGUGGGACCAUUGGACUUGUCCAUCCAGGAUGAAAAAUACUCUCAAAGGGGUACUCCAGUGAUUUAUUAUUGCAACUCCAUAAAGUUGGGGGACUUGUGAGAGAGAGAUUUGAGAAAAAGAAAGGUGAAAUUAUCUUUGUCUUUUAGUCCCUACAAUGGGUCAGUCUUCAAAAAUAGUUGGUCCUAUAUAAUACAACUCAACAUCAUCUUUCAUUAGACCUUCCCCACGUGGUAAUUGUCAUCAUAUUUUAAACUCCAUGCCCUCAAUCUGUAUUGCAAUUUCUCUUUAAUGCCUUACAUGUCAAACUGACGUCAAAGAAGUGGCGAUGAAGGUUGACGAAUGCGUCCCCUCACGUCGCCUGUGUUGUGGCCAUAAAAGUUGCACUGAAUAUG